AAGUUUAAGUUUAUAUCACAUCACCUCACCCACCAUCAUCAUCAACACCUAUCACUCAUCACCAUCACCAUCACCAACACAUCCGCUUCAUUAUCACAUCAAUACGAUGGCCACCAGUGUGGCCUCUACACCACUCCAUAGCAUACAAUUGCAAGGUGGCUUGCCUCAUGGAUUGGGUCUAUUGACCACAGUUGCCUCACUGCCACCCAAAUAUCGCAGCCGUUAUCUCAAUUUGAAGGCCAAAUAUGAAAUUCCGCUGGAUUUGUCAGUCAGCCAAAAGCCGCCAACACCAGAGCCACAAAUAGUGGAGGAGCCAGUUGAAGUGCCACUGCCCUUGGCCUUUACAGAGAUCUCCAGUGAACCAUCAUUAGUAUCGUUAGUGAAAAAACGCAAAUUGUCUAUAGAUAAAAACGAUAAUGAUGAUGAUAAUAAUGAUGAUGAACCUGCCAGCAAAAUUGUCAUCAUUGAGACGGCCAGCACUACUAGCAUCACCACAAGCACCUCUUCCUGCCCAUCCACCUCCUCUUCAUCGUCGUCGUCGUCGUCGUCGUCCUCCACAACUGUAGUCGCUGCCACAGCGUCUGUGGAUAUUGUUAGUGCCACUCCAUCGAAACCCAUUGUCGUGACAGAGUCACCGCCACGUACAAGUAAGGCUUCAACGAAUUCAGGCAAACUAUCGCGUAAUAAGGCAACUCGCAAAUUGAAAUUCGAUGAGGAAACCAGUUCACCUGUCUCGGGUACCAUAAUACGACCUCUGGAGGAUAUCACCGAUGGCUCACAACAGUAUAGCAAUGGUGAUAUAGAUCCCAAAUACAACAUUGUCGAGAUCACCGAGGAGACGAAGGCCGAAUUGGCUGCCAUUAAGAAUGUCAUUGGGGAUUACGUUUGUCGCUUGUGCCGCAUUAAAUUCGAUGAUGCCUUUGGUUUGGCUCGCCAUCGAUGCGCCUGCAUUGUCCUUCUGGAAUACAGAUGCCCCGAAUGCGGCAAGCAGUUCAAUUGUCCGGCCAAUUUGGCCUCGCAUCGCAGAUGGCAUAAGCCCAAACAAAAGGAGAAGGAGAAGGAAAAGGAGAAAGAGAAAGAAAAGGAAAAUGGCAAAGAAAAGGAUGCCUCAAAUAUCGUUGGCGGUGGCAAAAAGGAGAAUCGUAAUACUAUGAAUCAAAUAAACGAAAUGGCAUUCGACUGCGGUGAGUGUGGCAAAAAAUUUAAGCGGGCUGCCUAUUUACGCAAACAUCAGCUGAUGCAUGCCAAAAAGGACAAGGUACGGGAUAAGGAGCAGCAGCAACAUGAAAUGGAACCACAACCAGUUGUGACUACCAUAACGGGCAGUUUUAAGACCACACACUAUGCGGCCUCCACAUCAACAUCGACAUCCUCCACAACCUCUUCGACCCAUGAAGAUGAAGGCGUCUAUGUGGUUGUCGGCGGCAACGGCAGCGGCGGUGGUCCUAGAGUGGGACGACAUCCAGAGCCAGAGCCCGAUUACCUGUCCGAUUGCAGUUCAUCUACCUCCUCCAUGGCAUCGGCUGGCUAUGGACGCUUGCAGAUUGUUGAGCAUGUCGGCCUUACCGAAGAGGAAAGCAUUGCAGCGGCUGCCUUGACAAAUUUGCGUAAUUGUGCCUCGGUCAUCCAGCAUACCACCAUGGCGCAUUGAGUGAGUUUCCCACCCAACCCAAACCCCAUCCCAAAAUAACCAAGCCAGUGCAAACAAACCAAAAAAAAAACAAAAAAACGAAAAGGUUGAAACUCUUAUUGUUAAGUUA